UCUGAAUUUUCACUAUUACUGUCGUUGUUUUAGUUCAACUUCUGCUAAAACUACAAAUAGUGGUAGAGGUAAUGUUGAAAGCCCCAGUUAGUUCUUGAAAACUGUCAGAGAUCGAUGCAGAUCUCGCAGCUUUAGGAAUCUUGAUGAUGCCUUAGCCCUCUUUGAUAGAAUGCUUCACAUGCACCCUUUGCCUUCCAUUGUCGAUUUUAAUCAAUUGCUGGGUGCAAUCGCAAGAAUGAAGCAUCACUCAACUGUUAUUACUCUUAUUAAAGAAAUGGAACUGUCAGGAAUUGCUCCCAAUGUUUAUGUUCUGAGUGUUUUGAUUAAUUGCUUCUGCCAUUUGAACUGGGUGGAUUUUGGCUUCUCUAUUUUAGCAAGAAUUUUGAAGCUUGGUUUUCAACCGGACUGUAUAAUACUAAACACUCUUGUCAAGGGGCUUUGUCUUGAGAGUAAAAUUGUUGAAGCUGUGAAGUUGGUUAACAAAAUGGAGAAUAUAGGCUAUAAACCAAAUACAGUUACCUACGGAACGGUAAUGAAUUGUUUGUGUAAAAUAGGUAAGACAAAUGAAGCUGUUGGGUUGCUUCGGAAAAUGGAAGAAAGAAAUCUUGAACUUGAUGUAGUGCUGUAUAGCACAAUCAUUGAUAGUUUAUGUAAGGGCAGAUUGGUAACUGAGGCUUUGACUCUUUUCUCUGAAAUGACAAAUAGAGGAAUUCAGCCAGACGUUGUCACUUACAAUUCUUUAAUUCAGGGCCUAUGCAAUUUCGGUUAGUGGGAGGAGGUAACUAAACAAUUGAAUGAGAUGGUGGAAAGGAAAAUCAUGCCAAAUGUGAGGACAUUCAACAUAUUGGUGGACACAUAUGGCAAAGAGGGGAUGUUGAUAGAGGCUGAAAAAGUUUUUGAUGUGAUGAGUCAGAGAGGCAUAGAGCCUAAUGAGGUCGCCUACAAUUCUUUGAUUGAUGGUUAUUGUUUGCAAAAUAAAAUGGAUGAAGCUGUCAAAGCAUUUAAUAUGAUGGUUCAAAGGGGUUGUUCGCCUUCUGUUGUUAGCUAUAGCAUAUUGAUCAAUGGAUUUUGUAAGAACAAAAAAAUUGAUGAGGCAAUAAGUCUAUUUCGUAAAAUGUCUAACACCGGAAUUUUUCCCGAUGUUGCCACUUACAACACUCUAAUUGGAGGGUUUUGCCGAGUUGGAAGACCUAAAAUUGCAUUAGAGCUACUCCACGAGAUGCAAGGUUGUGGCCAAUCUCCAAAUCUCCGAACUUGUGCUAUUUUGUUAGAUGGCCUGUGUAAGAAUCUACACUUUAUUGAGGCAAUGGCAUUGUUUAAAGAGAUGGAAGACAAAAGGAUAGACCUUGAUAUUGUGAUUUACAGCAUCUUGAUUGAUGGUAUGUGUAAUGCUGGGAAACUUACGACUGCAAGUAAGUUAUUUAUUGCUCUUCCUACCAAAGGUUUGCAACCUAAUGUUUGGACUUACAAUAUAAUGAUCAAAGGUCUUUGCAAAGAGGGACUACUAAAUGAAGCGAGGGAAUUAUUUGAGAAAAUUGAAGAGGACGGUUGUUCACCUAACCAUUUCACAUAUAACACAAUCAUCAAAGGCUUCUUGCAACAUAAUGAGACAGCAUGGGCAAUGAAAUAUCUCAAGAUGAUGGUUGACAUGGGUUUCUCUGCAAAAGCAACCACUGCAACCAUUUUGAUCGACUUGAUGUUUACUAAUCGAGCAGAUAAAACAUUACAAGAUUUUUUUCAAAUAUCCGUGUGAAAGCUUUAUAGUUCUUCAACAUGUAGGACAAAUUUCAUAUUCUAACCUUUGCAGAGCCAAUAUGUAAGGAAUAAAUGCAUAUUUGUUGCAAGUCAUUAAGAAUUAUUGCAGAAUAUUGUUCAUUUGGAGUUUCGUUGAAGCAUAUAGAUUAUUCAAGGAGAUGCAUGUUUGCUGAUUUUUUAACGAUGGCUGUUGUUUUAUCUGGCUGUGCUCAUCUGGGUUCUCUUGAAGAAGCACUAAAAUACGCAUUUAUGCUAAAGUUCACUACCUUUAGUACUCAAGUCCUCAUGUCACAGCAGCACUGAUAGUCAUGUAUGCCAAGUGUGUAAGCAUACUGAACGCCUUACAGCAACCUCAAUCCCAAAGUCAUUAUUCUAAGUCAGACAACCAUGAUUGGCGUGGUCGUUCUGCUCAGCUUCCUGCCUCUGCAGAGGAGAGAUCUGAGAUAAUAAGGAGUUUUCUAAGGGAUUGAAGUCAAGGCCCACAGGAAUUAAAUAAUGGCCAUUGUCAGCCAAACUCCCAAUUUGCAAGGCCUCAGAUCUUAGUGGCCAAGGGGUAACUGCUUACAUGGUCUUGUUUUUACUGUACUGUUGUAUGGUGUAUAGAAGGGAAAUUUGUUCAUAUAUGUAUUUUCCUGAGUUUCUGAUCUAAAUAGUUGAUAAGGUAGUUGAAUCACUCGGGGGAGCACACUUGUAAAGGUUUAGAUAUAAAUCACAGUUGUAAUUAUUUUCCAGUAGGCAUUCAUUCAUUUGGUAUUGCCUGUGAUGUAGGACGAUAUUUAUCUUUAUUUUCGGUAAAAACGAAAAUAAAGAAAAUAUCAAAAAUAAUAUUGGAGCAGCGCCGCUUGAUCAGAAUUUUAGCUAUUCUCAAACAAUGGAAGUACAAAAGGAAAGAUUGCCACGAUUCCCGCUGAUUGUCAAUUUUAUAUUAGGAUUUUAUUUUAUUAGGACUUUAUUUCCUUUCCUUAUUAGGAUUAGGUUUACUACUACUAUAGGAUUAUGUUUACUUUCCUACUAGGAUUAAAUUUACUUUCUCUACUAGGAUUAGAUUUACUUUCUCUACUAGAAGUAGGUUUACUUUCUCUACAAGUAUUUCUCUUCUAUAAAUAGGCUUGCCUAUUAUGUAAAACUCAAUCAAUGGAAUUAUAAUAAAAUCAGAGAAUUCUCUCUCAAAUACUCUGCGGAGUUUUAUUUUUUUUCUUAGCCUGCGGGCUUGUUUUAUCUUUUGGGUAGAAGACGAAGACGCUUCUCCUUGCAGAAUCAAAGACGCUGCUCUUUGAUUAGUUACCUUAGUCUUCCGCUACGUCAGUUGGUAUCAGAGCAGGCUUUAUCCUGAUCAUGGCCAAUCAGCGCAACGGUGACAAACUUCUCCAACAACGCCGCUUGUAGGGGAGGGGCUCUUUCGAAAGCCAAAUUCAUGGGGUAUCCGAGCCGGCAUUAUCCGGAUUCGAUGGCCAACUUAUACUACAACAACAACUUCUAUAACGACACCGUUCGUGAGAGGGAUGUUGUUUCGAGAUCUGACUACCAGCGAUACAUCAAGCGAUCAGAGGCUCCUUGGAGAACCGAAUUCCAAGAGCUCAAGCAGACAGCGCAGAUGAUGCAACAGGAGGUGCGCCAAUUGUGGGAGUCGUUUGAACGCAGGCAGAUGCGUGCCCAUUGGAAUCACAAAGACACCCAAGAGUACCGAAUGAAUAUCGAUCUCCCUUCAUUUGAUGGUUAUCUUCAUAUUGAAGAUUACCUUGACUGGAUAAUGGAGGUAGAAAGAUUCUUUGCGUACAUGUGUAUUCCGGAAGAAAAGAAGGUGAAGUUGGUGGCUUAUAAGCUCAAAGGUGGAGCAUCCGCUUGGUGGGAAUGGUUGAAGCUCUCUCGAUCUAGGGAAGGAAAAAGACCUGUGACAUCUUGGCCCAAGAUGAAGCGGUUACUCAAUGCCCGGUUCCUACCACUAGAUGACUAUGGGAUUCUAAGGGAACCUGUUCGGUAUCCUUAUGUUGACCGAUUCCGUGAGGAUGACGUAAGCCACUUUCGUCAUGUCCAUAAUCAUCUUCAUAACUCUCCAAAUAGGCCCUUCGCCUAUGAAGAGAAUUUUAAUUAUGGUGAAGAAGUUGUGGAAGAUGUUAAGUUGGUUGAAGAAGUGGAGUUGCCAUUAGAGAAAACAUAUGUGCAGCCACCAUCAUUGAUUCCAACGACUACAUCAAUGGAGGAACAGCUACCGCCUCCUCCACCACAAGUGCAACUUCCUCUACCACAGUUACAACCUCCUCCACCACAAGUGCAACCUUCUCCACCACAGAUGCAACCUUCUCCACCACAAGUGCAACUUCCUCUACCACAGAUGCAACCUACACCACAUGUGCAACUCAUCACGAUCAUCACAAAAAUUGACGAUUCUUUUGAAGAAAACAAUGAAGUUGAAGAUGAUACCCAAGAAGAAAUCGUUGGAGGAAUUUUGGUGGAAGUAGACGAAAAGGAAAAAUCAUGUCUUGAUUCUAUCUAUAUAGAUUUCUCCAAGUACUUUUCUUCAGAGGAGCCACAUGUGCCAUGUCCCAAAGAAAACUCGAGGACGAGUUUUUUUUCAAGUGGGGGUGUCUGAUGUAGGACGAUAUUUAUCUUUAUUUUCGGUAAAAACGAAAAUAAAGAAAAUAUCAAAAAUAAUAUUGGAGCAGCGCCGCUUGAUCAGAAUUUUAGCUAUUCUCAAACAAUGGAAGUACAAAAGGAAAGAUUGCCACGAUUCCCGCUGAUUGUCAAUUUUAUAUUAGGAUUUUAUUUUAUUAGGACUUUAUUUCCUUUCCU